CCGACGACACGCACACCCUCAUCAUGUACAAGCUGGUGAUCCUUCUGUGCGCCGUGGCCGCCGCCCACGCCGGCUACCUGGGAGGCUACGCCGCCCCCGCCGUCGCCGUGGCCCACGCCCCCGUGGCCGUGGCGCCCGCCGCCUCCUCCAUCGCCAACACGUACAGGAUCUCGCAGACCGCCCGCGUCCUGGCCGCCCCCGCCGUCGCCGCCGCCCCCGUGGCCUACGCCGCCCCCGUGGCCUACGCCGCCCCCGCCAUCGCUGCUGCACCCGUCGCCUACGCUGCCCCAGCAUACGCUGCUCCCGUUCUCAAGGUGCACUAAGCAAAGCACCUCUGAAGAUCGAACAAGAUAUAUUUAUUCAAUAAAGAAAACAUAACU